AUGGCACUUUCUGUACCGAAAGCUCGCGAAUUGGUUGAUGGCUGCGGUCCAUUAACUAAUUAUAAACAGCACCCAAGAUGGCAACACCCAGUGUUCGUAACCGUACUUCUGUUGAUGUUGCUCCCGAGAUAUUCCGAGGGACUCACCGUGUCGUCGAAAAUCGAACCAGUCCAUCAUCGUUGGAGCCGGUCGGAAGCGAUGGACCCCAACGGGCUGUACACGCUCGACUGGCACAUCGACCAGAAGGACAUUGUGUUUACCGCCACGGCCAACACGCGCGGUUUUAUGGGACUCGGGUUUUCCCACCGGUCGGAGCACAUGGCCGGGUCGGAUCUGGUUCUGGUGUGGGUCGACGAUCGUACCGGGAAACCAAACGUGCUGGAUUGCCACGGUUCGAAGGACAAUCAUCAUAUGCCGGUGCAGGACGACACGCAGAACUAUCACAUCGAGAGCGGCUUCCAGAAUCUUACGCACACUAGCGUCACCUUCCGGCGGGCACUGGAGACGUGUGAUCCUCAUGAUGUGAUCAUUGGAUCGGACACUAUGAAAAUCCUUUGGUCGUACGGUGACCGGGACCCGGUUGCUGGCAGCCUGAAGGGGCACAGCGCUAACCGAGGCGCUCGCUCGAUUCACUUUCUGGGGCCAAUGUUUCGCCGACCGGCGGACGCACUGCAGCGGGAUGACCUACGCCAAUGGGACGUUACGGUGAAGAAUGUUUCCAUCGACACCAGCAUGGACACACUGUACUGGUGCAAGAUUCUGAAGGCACCAACACUGCGCGAGAAGCAUCACAUUAUCGGUUACGAGGCGCUGCUAACGAAAGAAAGCUCAACGAAACAACCGCUUGUGCACCACAUGACACUGUUUGAGUGUUCCACCAACUCUUACCCCGGUUCGGAUCCAAACUCCUGGGACGUAUGGGUCAAGAGCAGUGGUGCCGUCUGCAACAGCAAUCUGCUGACACCACGCGACUGGGACUCGUGCAUCACACCGGUAGCGACCUGGGGUGUCGGUGCAUCGGGCCAAUUCCUUCCCGAACACAUCGGGAUCCCGAUCGGUGGUGAUAAGGGCGCCCCGAAGUACUAUAUGCUCGAGGUACAUUACGACAAUCCGCGUGCGAAGCGUGUGUUGGACCAUUCCGGCUUUCGCAUACACUACACACGGCACGUCCGCAAGCAUGACGCCGGCAUGAUGAUAUCCGGGGUGUCCGUGUCCGACACGCAGAUGAUCCCACCUGGGCAGAAGCUGUAUCGCAACGUCGGAAUCUGUGGACCAUCCUGUACCGGGGCCGUAUUCCCGGCCGAAGGCAUCAACAUUGUUUCGGCGGCCCUGCACUCGCAUGUAGCGGGCAGAAAGAUGAAGCUGCGGCACGUUCGCGAUGGGAAGGAGUUACCACGCAUCGUGGAAGACGAUAACUACAACCAUAACUUCCAGCAGAUCCGGCAGCUGGAAAAUGAAACGAACGUUCUACCGGGAGAUUAUCUCAUUACCGAUUGCGCCUACGAGACUGUUGGCCGACGACGUCCCACACUCGGUGGGUACUCUACCAAGCAGGAAAUGUGUCUUUCAUUCAUAACCUACUACCCAAAAAUCGACCUGGCCGGCUGCUACAGCAUGACACCGGUAAAGGAGUUCUUCGAAACGUUCGGUGUGUUUCAGUUCUACGCAAUGAACAUGACCGACGUGGAAAACCUGUUCCUGUACAACGGCAACAUUCUCGAUCUGCUGCCUACGACCGUGUUUCCAAACUUUGCCCCGGGCGGUGAUGUGGAUGAUGAGCAGAACCAGCUUGCCAUCAAAGCACUUCAAAGUGCGAAAGAAUACAGCAUCAUCGACGAGGAGGAUAUCUUGUACAAGGAGUCGAUACUAAACAAGCUGAUCAUAUCGGAUCCGGUGGAAUUUCAUGAUCGUACCUUUCUGUCACACUUGAAUCAACUUCCCUGGUCGGAGCCACUGUUUACCAGGCGGGUUGAGCAGAGCAUCCUCACCGGCAAACACAUGACGUUCUGUCGAGUUUCGAGUGAUUCCAUUUCCGUGGCGUCCGAAAUAUUCAAGUAUCCCGUCUUCGACACGUACGUAAAAGCACCGAGCCAAUGCCCAUAUCAUCUGUUCAUGGAGUUUGCCGAACACGCCUCCACGGCAGUCAAACAGAUGUCCAGCACGAAACUUCUUCUGCUAGUGCUAUUAAUACUGUAUCGACGGUUUGGUACGGGUGCCUUCCAUUAG